CCAUGUUCUGUUUUUUACUAAAAAAGGUUGUACUCAUAUUUCAUAAAGCACCAUGUCCAAACCUGUUCUUGCAUACUGGGAUAUUCGUGGUCUUGCUGAACCUGUGAGACUGAUGCUACAACACAGUGGUGUAAAUUACGAAGACAAAAGAUAUGUUUGUGGAGAUGCACCAGAUUACGACAGAAGCAGUUGGACCAAUGUUAAAAAUACUAUUGGGCUUGAUUUUGCAAACCUGCCAUACUACAUUGAUGGUGAUGUGAAACUGACAGAGAGCUUUGCUAUAAUGAAAUACAUUGGUCGGAAAAAUGGUUUGGUUCCUGUUACUGAAGAAGAGAUGUACCGAGCCGAUAUGUCAGAAGGUGUCAUUUCAGAUUUCCGAAAAUCCUUUACAAUGAUGUGCUAUAUGCCUGACCAUGAAAAGAGAAAGGCCAAUUUCUUUGACCAACUGCCAGGCAAGCUGGUUUUGUUUGAAAAGUUUCUGAACGAGAAAACCUGGCUGGCUGGUGACAAGCUGACUUAUGUCGAUUUUGCCAUGUGUGAGAUCCUGGACCAUAUUUGCAUGAUGGAGCCCACUUCUCUUGACAAGCAUGAAAAAGUGAAGAAGUAUUAUGAAAAAUUCUUCAAAUUAGAAAAGGUAGCAGAGUACAGAAAGUCUUCUGCAUUCAAGAAGUUGCCGGUCAACAACAAAAUGGCAAACUGGGGAGGAAGUUCGGAGUAACUGCUAAAAUCAUUUCUGUAUUCCACAAAUUAACGUUUGUAGUAGCAACUAGCAACCCUAUUUCAUUAGUAGUUGGUGACAUACCUCAAUGCUUGCAUGUAGGAUUAUAUAAUUUAAAAGCUAAUUGCGAAUUCAAUUAUUGUCAUUCCUAAUAUUUCUGUACUGUUUCAAUAAAGAACAAAUUUGUAAAA